CUCCAAGCGCCAGACAGACCGGUCUUGAAGGUCACAUGUGCUUACAUAACCUAACCUCACUCACUGACAGUCGCUUUGCUGUUGCAGACAGAUCAACAUCAACAUGGUGUCCUGGCUCUUCUGUACGCUCCUCGCCGCCCCUUUCCUCCUGGCUGCAGCUCAGGAGAGGAGAGCCAUCGUGAUUUUGACGGGGGAGAGUGUGACAGGAAACGUGACAUUCAGCCAGGCCGAGGACGGAGGCCCGGUCACUGUGAGAGGUAUAAUCAGUGGUCUGACCGAGGGCAAGCAUGGCUUCCACGUCCACGAGAAGGGUGACCUCAGCAACGGCUGUCUGUCUACGGCCGGCCACUUCAACCCUGAGAAGAAGAACCACGGCGGGCCCGAUGACAAGGAGCGGCACGUUGGAGACUUGGGCAACAUCUCCGCGGACCGCAGCGGAGUGGCCGAGUUCACGUUCACCGACUCAGUGAUCUCACUGGUGGGCGAGCACAGCAUCAUAGGGCGUGGUUUAGUCAUGCACUCAGACCCCGAUGAUCUCGGCCGAGGAGGCUUUAGUGACAGCUUGACCACGGGUCACGCCGGCAGUCGCAUAGCUUGCGGUGUAAUCGGCAUUCAGUGACCUGGCCUCGCUCUGACCUCCGUGUUCAUGGUGCUUAAGAGGCUCUUGCUAUUGUAUUCCUUCCGCAAGUCCUCUUAUACUUUGUACUCCAUUCUUAAAACAAUAACAUAAACGUAUUUUAAUUA